GUGUCUACUCGCAGCGCAUUGGUGCGUUCCUGUGUGCCACCAAACAUUACAUUUUUUUCUCGGAAAAAGUCACUUCGGUCGGGUCUCGCGAUUUCCCCUGCUGAACGGUUCGGAUCAAGUGCGGUUAAACGGCGUGAAAAUCUCCUGAUCCCUGAUAACGGUUACCGAUAGCCCGAUAUCGUCUGUGUCCGGUGCUGAGCGGGAAGUGGCGUUCGCAGAGGCGCCGGGCACGAUAAAAUGGGCGAUAAAUGGCGCCCUCGUGGAGGAAUUUUCGUUGUCGCGCUCCUCGAUGGAUGGUGCCAAGGAAAAAAGUGCGAAGAUGUUGUUAAACUUGCUCACCCUUUUGCCUAUCUGUGGGAGAAAGGUGAUUCUAACCUCACUUUCCCGCUGAGUGCGCUCGUUCGCGAUUGGUGAUUGUGAUUCGGUUCGGUAAUUGAUCAUAAGCGUAAUUUCGCCGAAGAGUUGUUUAUUGUCAAGUGCUCAAAAUCAAUACAGAUGUUUGUCAGCUAGAGCGUGUGGUAAUGGUCCACGAUAACUAGUUAAAAUUCGUUUAGAUCUAGGCUAAAACGCGAGACGAUUUAUUUAUAUGUGCAAAAAUAGAAGAAUAUAAAAAGGCCUAAAAUAUUUCAGCACCAGCAGCGCGCGCGGCUCCACGUUCCAUACAUACAUAGCCGACCAAAUAUUAAUGAAGCAAAAUAAAAAUAAACAUCAAAACAGCAUAAUAAAACUCCAACUAUAGAACAACUGGGAGCAGAUUAGAGUAGUAGCGUUUGCCAGCGGCACUUCCGAAGGAUCACUUAGCCGCUUCGUUCCGUUGUGAUUGUGAAUCGGUGGCGACAAUGUGAAUGAUGGUGCAUUUGUGGAAUGAAGAAAUAGUGCAAAUCACGUGGCAAUAAUAAUGUUCUUAAGAAGAAAAUAUCAGUGCAAUCAUUUAAAUAUCUCAGUGCGAGGCAAGGCGUGUGAAUUCCUCGAAGUAUCGCUUGAGAGCUUGAAUCCACGCAAAAGUGUAGGCUUGCGGUGGCCACCCGGUAGGCAGUGUGGGUGUGUGUUGUGUUUCCCCCAAGUGUUCGCGACAUCGGCAACGGCUCGGUAAGAACCAGCAGCCGCAGUGGCCCCCCAGAAUGUGUCCAGUGGUGCCGCGGGGGCCAGCCGAACGUAUGGGCUGAUUGUUAUGCUGCUGACGCUUUGGCUCUCGUCGGCAAGUCCCCUAGCGGUGCCAUCAGUGGCACAGUCUCAGAAUCAUCGGAAGCAGCACGAUAUUAGCAGUGGUGCUGAGAAGAUACCAAUUGCCCCGACACCUACGAUAAGUCACCAUCAACAGCAGCAGCAGCAAGUUCAGCAUCAUGACCAGCGAAAAAUUGAUGCGAUUUCAUCGAUUGAUCUUAUACGGUACUGGCCGGAAACUCCUCCGGAUCUAUACAAUAUUACCCUCAGUGCAAUGAAGCAAUACAUCCGAAGUCAGCUGAAUUCCACCGGAAAAGGCUUCCGUAAACGAUCCCACCACCAUCCGAAUGCCGAAGUUGAUUUCUACAAGCAAUUUAAGGCAUUCAAUAAUACUCAGUCCGCGUUUAGUUCUAACACAAUAGGUUAUAGCAAAAAUAAGUCUUCCACCGCCAAUGUCUCCGAAAGUACGCGUCCGUGGUUCAACGAAUCGAAUGUCACCAAUUAUCGUAAGAUUAUUCCAGAAGAACCGGACGGUUCACGAAAUAGCAUACAAGUUGACGAUCCGAUGGCAUCUUUCGUCCAUCCGCUAGGGAACCCAGCGGUGGGCAAUGAUCAGCUUAGUGGUUGUGGUGAAACGACUGGUAGUGUGGAUACACAUCCGCCUGUUAGUGGCGGAACCCCACUCCAGAAUAAGGAUUACAGCGUACUGAUGGAUGACCCGCGAGGCUAUAUAGUCGCUUCGUCAUCCUAUCCGCAGCGGCCGAUGAAGACCACGAGAUGGGAUUCGACGUUCGUCAGACAUAGAGGAUACGUGUACUUUCUGCUAUCUUUCUCGCUAAUCGGCGCCGUUGUGGUGGGCCUAUUCGGUGUAUAUCGGUGCAUCCGUGUGACCGCCAGUCGUACGCCGACGGAGGCUCUGGCCUUGCCGAUCCAGUUCAUCACCGACGACCUAGCAGCAUCUCUAAACGCCGAAUCGAACCAUCCGCCUGUACCCAUGCUAUCGGUACAGUCACCUGGCUGCGCGGGGAUGGAGCGGCUCGGCGUUCCUGCCCGCAGUUCCAUUGGCUCACCUCCUCUCAGAGAUGAACGAAACCGACGAUUACGAGUAGACUCGGGCGUUCCGAACGCCAACAGCAACUCUCCCGCCAUUUACCAGAACCAUCUAAACGUUCACCAUCACAGCCACCACGGACGUCACCAUCAUGACCAUCUGAUAGUGAGCAGCAGCACUAGCAGUAAUUUUAUGACCAAUCAUAACCACCACUCCCAGUUUCACCAACCGACGAGCAGCCUUCGCCAUCAGACGUCUGCGACGACGUUUACUACCGGUACAUCCCAGAAGGGCAGCUCGCUGACGGAUGCCACCGGCGGCAGCGGCAGCAGCAGCGGCAAUACCUAUGGCAAAGCCAACCAUUCACUUUAUCAUCAAAACUGUAGCAGCUCCUACGGAGUGAACAGCAUCGCCAAUAACAACAGCAGCCUCUGUAGUACCAGUAUCAGCCGGUGUCCGCAUCACGUGGCACUACCGGACGGCGAACGAGGACCGGACCGGGAUCUACAGAUACGGUCCUCCUGCCAGCAAUCCGAGAUUCCGAGGACCUACGUGAAAGCCCCACCGAACAAAACAGUCCGCGACGUGCCUGCCCAGUACCAAUCGGGCGCCUCGUCGACCUCGUCGUCCAUGAGCAAUCUCAACAGCCAUCUCCGCAGUUCGGUAGCGAACACCGGUGGCAGCAGCAACAACAGCAGCAGCAGCCAUCCGGUGGGUGGUGGCGUGAGUCUGGGUAACCGGGCUAUAGUCAAUAGUUUAUCGACGCUAGGCAGUGGCAAUGGCAGCGGUUCGGCUACCGCCGGCAGUUCCAGCAACCAGCCAAAGUCAGAGAAGCUGAAGCAAAUCCUGCGGUUUCUCCCAGGUAACAAAACAUCCAAAUCAUCCACUAGUGGUAUUAAUGUUAGUAGUAGUAGCAAUAACAAUAACAAUAAUGGAUCUAAUAGUAAUAGUACUAGUUGUAAUAAUAACAAUUAUCAGCCACGAAGCAAUCCCAACGGGAACGGAAUUGUGGUCGGAGCGAGUGGAAGCGGUCGGAGUGGGUUGAGUUCUAGCGGUGGUAGUAAUCUAGCGGUCAGUGGAAUACAUAAUCAUAAUCAUCACUACCGGCAGUCGGCGGCGUCGGUUCAGCAACGACAGCAGCAUCCAACCGGACUGUCUUCGUCGGUUCCGAACGCCUCCUCCGGAUCCUCGCUCGGAAGCAGCACACCCACGUCUCUCUCCGUCAGUCCCAGUCCGGACACAAGUACCCACUACAUGUGACAGGACGGUCGCCCUGUGCAGGACAGUUGAAAAGUUGACCACGGUCAUCGCGAUGAUCUGUUUCCUUUUUUAUUCCUAAAACUAGCUAAUCGAUGUCGUGAUAAUACUUGUGAUUCUGUAUAUGGGGAUGAAGCGGAGAAGGGAUGCACCAAAAGCAAACCUUCUGCCGUCGAAGUUUCGUCACGUUGCUCGUACUAUCGUUUGGGUCGUAACAGUGACCUGCGACCACCGAGAACAGGCUGGGAUCCGAUGCCAACGGGUGGUCUGUCGAGGAAAGAUCCGAUUGAUAUCACUCGCCGUUGCACCGACGCUGGCGCCGGUAACCAUGUGAUGGUAUUCGGGUAUGAUAACAAGUUGUAGAGAAUGCAGCAGGACUCGAAGACUUGGCUUAGUAUUCCCAGGCGAAUCAUUCCGGUAGUUGAAUAAUUCCAGUACUCUAUCAGCAGUGAUGUAGAAAUCUAUUUCUCACCGUAUGACUGCUUCAAAUUACCACAUUGGAAGAAUGGUACAUCCCUGUGCACAGCCUCGGUCACGUCAUCCGGAAGCUGGUACCAAAUUGCAAUAUUCAAACGAAGCGCACGUUCUAUAAACCAUUCAACAACAACAACAAGUACAAAUGUCAUCUCUCGUUCGUAGUAAACUUGACCGGACAAACGAUCUCACUGCGAUUUUAUUACCACAUAGCUAGAACACAAUUAUUUUUAUCAUCUGUCGCAUUCGGGAACGAACUUUACACAUAUUCAAACCCCCCUCCACUCCACCUUUAAUCGACUCCGCACCGGAAAUAGGAACAGGCGAACAAUAUCUUCCAGUAUCAAUCAGUUGUACAUUUACUUUCUUUUCGCGUAAACAUAGAUUUCCUCGCUGUCGCCGAAAACUCCGAAACCGACUUUUAAACGACAUGAACAUAUUUUUUACUGUAGCGAGUAAGAUUUAAGGGAGAAAAAGUAUCAAAUCCAUGUGCAAGACUACCAUUUAGUAAUGUGUGCAACCAAAACGACGAAAAUUAGAAGGCUUUCUGCAAAACGAAAGGCACGGAGAGGAAAAGAAAGACGAAAGAAGGAAGGAAUAACCAGUUAAAGUACUAAGCAUAUAAGUAAAAAAUGACAACUAUCUCGGCCUUCAUUUCCGAAGAUGGAAUCUGAGAAAUGCUAGUGGAAUUUUAUUAUUUGUUAAGUUAAAUUAUUUAAUGCUAAAUCAAUUGUAUUGGCUGGAAGGGACGGAAAGAAGUGAAAUAGUCCUAACGUAAUCCGUAAAUCUUCAGCAAAUAAAUGCAGACAAAAAAACCUACAAUAGUGAACAAAAUGCUUCUGAUAGAAACAAGCCACAAUAAGUCGCUGUUUGAAAUGCAAAAAAAAAUAGCUCAACUACUACUACAACUACUACUACAAAAUACAAAAUAAUAGCACAGAGAUGAUAUGAAACUUAGACAAGAUAACAAACACACCGCGAACAGCAGAUCAGGCAGAACCAUACUACACCUAAACUCACAAACACAAGAACACACACAUAAACAGUAAGCAGAAGUACCGCAAGGAAAAAAAAACGAUGAAAAGCUUUUUCUGUCAAUAGCAUCAACAAAUAUACUACGAAUAACACUAAAUAAACUACUCCUAUUACUACUACUACUACUUCAAACUACUACAGCAGUAAACACGAACACUACUAUACCACUUACAUGAAUCACAUGGCUGGGAAUGUGUAAUCUUUCUAUUUAAACAAAUCAAAUGGUGAAAACAUGGUAGUUAAAACAAAACAAAAAAUAGACAAAACCAAGCUGAUGAAUAAAAAAGCUAAACUAGGUGAAAGUGUAAACACGGUGGAAACACAUCCGAUUUAUAGUAGCGAAUGAAAGGGGGCGUGUCGCGUGUAUGUGUGCUUUUCGGAUAGGAUCAAAUAGCCAAUUCUUAGCGUUGUUGUUCAACUUUCUCAGUCGAAACUGAGAAAUGAACAGCCUGAGCUGGUCAGCACCAUCAUGGUUUGUUUUUUUUUUUGCAUCGCCAGUAUGAGUUCGAUUAGCUUUUCUACCAUACACACGAAAGCUCAACGUGGAUAGUUUUCCGCUACCGAACCAAUAACCGCAUGGUGGGAAAUCAAUAUGAGGAUAUGAUGCUACUCGCAGCAGUUCAAGAGAUUUGGCGGAACACACGUUCGAGAACACAAAUCAUGUAAAAAGAGUAAAUUUAAGAGGUGAAAGUGAGAUUGUGAUAUAUUCAAGGUAAAACAAAAUAAAACGGAAAAAACUACUAAGCGGUGUUCAUUAUCUAAGAUUUAGCGGAAUGUAGCGUAAAGUAAUUUAAAUGUGUGUGUGUGUGUGUGAUUGUGUGACCGCGUAGUAAAGAAGGGUGUGGGUUGAGACAAGCCAUUAGUUAACCACAACCACGGCGUAAUGACAGCCGCCCAUACCGGAAUGGCGUUCAACCUCACCCAUGUAAACACGCAUUUACUUUUAACACUAAACCUAUCGAUGUUUCAUGUAUACCUAUUCCUACCACAGCGGGUCAAGUGACCCUUUAUGAAUAGUUAGUGAACAAUGACUUGAUUUAUAUAGUUUGGUUGAGAAACAUGGCGUACCAUCUUUCUCCUGUAAAUCUCGACAUUUUGGGACAACAAUUAUUAGCAAAACAAUAAAAUUACAAUUUUUGACACGCGAAAUAGCACUGUAGCUUGAAAUGGUUACUAUUAGCUCGAUUGGAUAGUCAGUAAUACAAUUAAUUCUGAUCAUUCACUAUUCAUUCACAAGUACCACAAAAUAUAUAAAGCAAUAGCAAAAAAUGUGUAAUGCAAUGGUUUUGUAUCACAACCGCACAUGCAAAUCUUUCUGAUAUCAUAUGAAUGUUUACACGGGUCAAAUGACCCUUUGCGGUAGUUAAGGCAGAUUACAUAUAUUUCUCAGUAAAAAAAUAACAAGAGAUGAGUAAACACUGAAAAAUACAUUCGAUGUAUGUUUUAAGAAUUCUGACGAAAAAAUUAAAAUGAGUUAUUUGACCCCUCGUGGUAGGUUUAGUGUUAAACAUCUAUCGUCAGGUCAAGGAAGAAAUUAGCGCUACCGAUCAUUUCAACAAUAUUCUGUGCACGAGACAAAAACAUCUUGACACUUCAGAAAUGGUCGACCACCGGAAAAGCUAGUGUCAGAGUCGUUUCUCUCAAAUUAUCAUUGACCUGAAUGUGAAAAAAAUACCAGGAGUGCGAGCGGUAAUUGUCCGGUUUUUUCGGUGAAGAAAGCACAUAAUUUCCAGGAGAAUCUCAGCAUAUUUCUAUUCCAAUUAAACUCCAUUUGGUUUUAUGAAUUUCGCCCAACUCUCAGGCAUAUUGUGGACCCAUUUGCCGACCGAUUUUUCGAAUUCGUGUGCUGCUCUGCUGCUCUGAUAAUCUGACAGAGCCAGAUCUGGGGAAUACAGCGGGUGCGGUUUCAUUGCGUCUUGCAGGGGGUAACAUCACUUUACCGUGUCUUCGCAUAUUUUUCCAUCAAUGUUCAUCAAAGUUAAAAUUUAUCAUUUUUUGCCGGUAGCGAUCUGUAUUCGCCAUUCAAUCCAGUUUAAUAGCUCAUGGCACACCAUACCAUCCUGAAGAAACCCAUCAGUUGAAACUAUGGUAAAUACAUUUUUCAUCGCCAGUGACAAAACCGAUUUCCUUUGAUACUGUUUCAAAAAUGUUUUUGCAAAGCUUCAUUUACCUUUCGUCCAAUUUUUGUGGCUUCCAUUUUCCGAGCUUUUGAGACGAUGACCAAUUGCUGUUCGGGACACAUCCAGUGUUUCUGCCAUUUUUUGUUGAGCUUUGUUUGGGUAUGCAUCCAGCAGCUCCUAAAAUUUCUCGUUUUGAAAGCGUCUCGCUGCACUAUUGUUCUUCAGAUCGAUAUCCCCGAAUUUAAAAUAGCCGAACCAUCUUUCACGAGUUUUCACUGUUGUUCACUAUAAGCUUCAACAAGCAACUAUGUGUUCCGUCUUCUUUUUUUUUAUUUUUAAGGGGCUUAAACCUUGCAGUUCAUUCGCCUCAAUAUGUGUUUCGACCGCUUUCUUCUCAAAAAAAAAAGCAUACAAAUACUUGAAGGCGAUCUCAAUGGCACAAUAGUUACAGGAAUUUUCUAUAAAUAGCUAUCACUGCGAUCUGUUUGUUGGAUUGUGUUAUAGAAACGAUAUAACCAUGGCUGUCCUAUCUACAAUUCUGUUUGUUCACAAACUUACUUCGAUAGAAACGCGCUCCUUAGGGAUUCAGAAUAAUGCCACAAUAAUACAGCAAAAUUGGGCCGAAAAUAAACUUGUGGUAAAAACAAUUUUAAUAUAUUUUCUUAUCAAGGAUAAUUCUUUAUAAUUAGCAAUGAUUUGACUCAAAAUACACAUAGGAGAGGUACGGGUAAGACGAACAGUGGGGAUAAGGUGGACAGGUGGUUGAUUUGUAUAGUUAUACUAGCUGUACCCUGCCACGCUUUGCUGUGGCACAUUGUGGUUGCAUGGUUGAGUUGAAUUUUUCAUUUGUUAUGUUGUAACAACAAUCCUAGAUGUGUUUGGUUGUUUUGUAUAUUGUAUCAUAGUUUGAGCUCAAUCGGUUCCGUACCUUUCUAGUUUUUACGCACACACAAACGAACAGAAAAUGUUUAUGUAUAUAGAGAAAGAUGAAGGAAAUCGAUAAAUUUUAAAUCACUUCGAAACACAAUUUCAGUUCAUGAUUUUGCCAAACACGUGGAAAAAAAAUUUUUCCAUCACAUAGAACACAUAUUUAUUGCUUUUCAUUAGAAGCUCAAUUUCAGAAACGCACUCUGGUCAUAUAUAAAAUCAUUUUUCUUCUAAUUUCCAAUUUUGUAUGUCGUAACAACACUCCUUGAAGUGGAUUGUAUAUUGUGUCCAACUUUGAGCUCAAUCGGUUCCGUACUUUUCGAGUUUUUGACGCGUACACAAACGAACAGGAUAUUUUUAUAUAUAGAAAGAUAGAGAUAGAUGAGGGACAUCGAUAAAUUUUAAAUCACUUCGAAACACAAUUUAUAUGAUAUAUAGGUGGUUUAAACCAGCUGUAUUCUAUACGGUUUUAGGCCAAGGUUCUGAUGUCUCUGGAUCAUACUUAACACUUUAAGGACCGGGAAGAAAUCUGUAAGACAUACGCCUGGGACAGCACGUUUUGACUUAUGUGAAGUUGCUUGCAAGUUUUUAAAAGGCUUUAAACUUUGCAGUUCAUUCGCCUCUGUGUGUAAAGUUAGCGGAUGAAAGUUCAGCGGAUAAAAGUUUUUAUUGUGUGCAAGUUUCUGUUCAACGUCUUGCUGGAUUUAAUGAAUAAUGAAUUAUUUCAGUUGAAAUUAAUAGAUUGUUUAUCAAGUAACAACCUUCAAAAUCAUGCCGACUAGAUAGAGAAUUGAAUCAUUCAUCUUUCCACAUAAUUCAUUUUUUUCUUUAUCGUGACAGAGAAUAGUCACAUCAUCCAGCCACAAUUUUAUUAAUUGGAGAAUCGGAGAAUCGGUCUGAGAAAAGUUAUAGGCGAAAUUGUAUGGGAGAAAUUAAUUAUUUUAAAGAAAAUUGAAAAAAAGUUAUUUGAAAGGACCGAAAACACAUUCUCGAGAUAGUACUCAUUUGAUAUAGAAUAUUUUUAUUCAUCUUUAGCCAAUUUUUCAUUGGUCGGAAAAGGUUCUAAGAAAAGUUAUAGGCCAAAACCUGUACAACUUGUAUGGGAAAAAUUAAUAAAUUCAAAGAAAUUUGGAAAAAGUUAUUUGGAAGUACUCAUUCGAUGAAGAAUAUUUUUAUUUAUCUUUAGCCAAAUUUUCAUUACUCCGGAAAGAGUAUGAGAAAACUUAUUGGCCAAAACGUUCACGAAUUGUACGGGGAAGAGGGUCUGGCUGGGUAAGAAAGUAAAAAGUAAAAAGGAAGUAAAAAUUUCUAUUGUAUAGAAAUUUUGACUAUUUUUUAUCCCUAUGUAAUUCACCAUAGGAUCUAUGGAGAAAAACGUACCUUUCAAAUUUUUGGCACGCCAUUCUCAAUAGCUUCGAGAUAAAAAAUUGAAAAAAAACUGAAAUUGCAUGUCACUAUGACAUUUCGAGAAAUAUAGUCAAAAAAUAAAUUCCUAAAAAGUUGAAGUACCAAAAAAAAUUUGAAAUAUUGAAUUUUUUUAAAGAAUUUAGCGAUUAAGUACUACUAUAACUCGUAUUUCAAUGUGUUCCUAGGUCUUUUAUUGGUAUGUGUUAUUUUUUUCAGAUAAUAAUAAGAUAAUUCUCCUAUUUUUUUCUUUUUUCCCCAUUCUCAAUAGGUUUGGAAAUGAAAAUUUGAAAAAAUACACAAAGUAUAUUUAUUAUGGAGUACCGCGAUAAAUCAUAACAAAAUUCUAUCCCCCGCCUAAAAAAACAGGAAGUGGGUUAUAUCUAUGGUAUAACCGCAAGGGUGACGUAGGACUAUCGUUGAUUUAGAGAUCAUUUGUUUGAAGUUGAAUCUAAAUCCAUUCUGAAUGAAUGAAUAAAUGAAUAUUUGGGGGACUUCGAAAACGAGAGCGUUACGUUGGAGGCACAAGGUUUUAUGCAUCCAAUAUAGGAUACGAAAAACCUUGUUCUGAAGAAUAAUCUUCAGAAGCUAACCUGCUAACUGUACUUGAUUGACAAAUCACAAACCCAAAUGUAUUAUAUGGAUAUUUUAUGGAUAGAAAACAUUAAAAUAAACUCUUUCGCUUGAAUCUUCUUGUUCUUCUUCUUGAAUGGCGUUAACGUUCUCUGUGGAACUUUUGCCGUCUCAACGAAUACAUUAACUAGCGUCAUUUAUUAAUACUUAGUUGAGAUUUCUUAAGCCAAAUAACACGCCUUCAAUGUAUUCCGAGGGGCAAGCUCUAGAAUACGCGUGACCACAGUGCAAGUCGAAGGAAAUUUCUCUGACGAAAAAUCCUCCGGCCAGAACGGGAAUCUAACCCGAACACCCGGCAUGAUAAUGUGAGACGCUAACCACUCGGCCACGGGUGCUUUCGCUUGAAUGUAAUUUUCAAUUCCAAGGGGAACUGGCAGAUUAUUUUCCAGCAACGAUUAGAUAUUUCCACAUUUUCCUCGAUACUGGAAGCCCACCAGUGGUUAAUACUAACUCGAUGACCACCUGUUAAUAGUACUUGAUUGAAAAAUAUUUGGUCACAGUGUUACAUGGAUAGAAAACAUUCAAAUAAACUCUUUCACAUGAAUGUAUUUUUAAAUUCCCAGAGGAACUGGCUGAUUAUUUCCCAGCAAUGAUUAGAUCUUUCCGGAACUUUCUCGAUGCUGAAUGGCAUCCAAACGGAAAGAAUUCUGCGCGUGUAUGUGUCGAUCCUUCGCCGUCCCCUCCUCCAGCGCGUUAGGCAACGAUGUUGUCUUGUCGAUGUCCUCACGAAAAAUGAAUGUGUCUCACCACCAGAAUAUCGCUUAACUAUGCUUUUUGUGUGUGAUUGAAUCGAGAGAAGGUGUGGUUUACGAUGGCAAUUUGGAAGGCAAACUAGAGGGGAAUGAACUCUCUGAGCUCGGAACUUUCGGCGACUGAGCAAUAAUCGAUUGCGGGCGCAUACAAUAUUGGAUACGGAAAUAUCCCACUGAUGAGGAAGAAUAAUCUUCAGAAGCUAUCCUGUUAAUUGCGAUUGAUUGAAAAAUCACAAAACCAAAUGUAUUUGGUCACAGUGUUACAUGGAUAGAAAACAUUCAAAUAAACUUUUUCACAUGAAUGUAUUUUUAAAUUCCCAGAGGAACUGGCAGAUUAUUUUCAAUAACGAUUAGAUAUUUCCACAUUUUCCUCGAUGCUGGAAGCCCACCAGAGGUUAAUACUAACUCGAUAACCACCUGUUAAUAGUACUUGAUUGAAAAAUAUUUGGUCACAGUGUUACAUGAAUAGAAAACAUUCAAAUAAACUCUUUCACGUGAAUGUAUUUUUAAAUUCCCAGAGGAACUGGCAGAUUAUUUUCCAGAAAUGAUUAGAUCUUUCCGGAACUUUCUCGAUGCUGAAUGGCAUCCAAACGGAAAGAAUUCCGCGCGUGUAUGUGUGUGUAGCGAUGUCUUCCCGGGGAUCCGUUUGUGGCAUCACUCUCCUCCUGAUGGAUUCCCUUCUGGCCUAAGGUGCACAAACAGGCUCUUGGUGACACCGUUCAUCCGCGCUUUCAUGAUAAAUGAAGAGCUUCACCACAACAGCGACAACAUGCUCCAAUCGCUGUUCAAUUAUAACUGAGUGGAUUUCCGAGCGGCGCUCGCUUAUAUACCGAUUCCUGAUUUCAAUAGCCUGUUUUGAAAGCAAUUUUAAGACUAUUGAAACAAGUUUUUGGAUCAAAAAGUAACAAGUAUAGAACGCGUAGACAUUUUAUCUUUCGAAUGAAAUGUUUAUCAUACCAUUUCGUUUAGUUGUUUAGGAGCUAUUAACGCUCAAAAUCUCGGUCUCCGGCGUAACGCUUUCGUUUUCGAAACUUUGAUUUUACACCCCGGUAUAGAAAUGAAAGACGUAGUCCUACGUCAAAAAUCCUGGGUAUAUAGAAUUUAUUAGAGUUUUGAAAACUAUUUUUCGAUGAUUAUUAAUUGAACUAUUUAUUAUCAAACACGAAUUCGAAAUUUUUCGUUCAUACGAUAAUAUCUCAGUACUGAAUGGUCCUACAACAACGUUAUAGAAAUCAAACGAAAGAUAGUUGAUAACGUGAAUUGGAUUUGCUAUCUUUGAAAAAACAGAAAAAAAUCGAUUUCUUAUUUCUUGUCCACUACAUCUACAUAUAUCGAAAUUUCUCUGUAAAAUAUUCCGUGUAAAUCCAUGUAAAUAAUGCAUUAAAGUGAUUUAUAUCCCUUCUUCAUGCGUUGAUAUUUCACGAUUUUAAAGCAUUUCAAAAAUCGCCUAAAAAUUUCAACUUCGCACUCUGUUCCUUCAAUUUUUUUUUUCGAGUGUGAAAACGUUCUGUUUCCAUUUUCGUUAAAUUUAUUAAUUUCCCUCCUACAACUUGUAUACAUUUUUACCCGUACCUUUUCUCAGACUCUUUUCCGGUCAACAGAAAUUUGGUUGAAGAUGGAUAGAAGUAUUCUCUAUCAAAUAACUUUUUUAAAUUUUCUUUAAAUUAUUUAAUUCCCCCCAUACAAGUUGUAUAGGUUUUGGGCUAUAACUUUUCUUAGAUCCUUUUCCGGCCAAUGGACAUUUUGCUAAAGAUAGAUAAAAAUAUUCUUUAUCGAAUAAGUACUAUCUCGAGAAGAUGUUGUGGGUCCUUUCAAAUAACUUUUUUUUCCAAUUUUCUUUAAAAUAAUUAAUUUCUCCCAUGCAACUUGGCCUAUAACUUUUUUCAGACCCUUUUCCGAUUAAAAAAAUUUGUGGCUGGAAGAUACGUAAAAUAUUUCUCUAUCGAAUAACUUCGAUUACUCUAUUCGAACAACUUUUUUUGAUUUUCAAAAUUCUGUAUAUUUCCCUACAUUGACCCAUGCUCACGUCUUUCUCUGUCACGAUCAAGAAAAAAAUUAAUUAUGUGGAAAGAUUAAUGAUUAAAUUCUAUAUCUAAGGCGUCGUGCACAAAUUACGUAACGCUAAAAAUCCGGAUUUUGGAACUCCCCUCCACCCUACGUAACGCAAUUUCCUAUCUAUAAUACACGGAAAGUAACGCAACCUCGAACCGCCUCCCCUCCCCCUUAUCGCGUUACGUAAUUUGUGCACAACGCCUAAUGAGCAUGAUUUUGAAGGUUGUUACUUGAUAAACAAUCAAUUCUUUUCAAGUGAAAUAAUUGAUUAUUCAUUAACCCUUUGCGGUCGUAUUAAAUUUGGAGAUGGGUAUCGUACUGGUCGGAAUUAUUUUUCCCUGAAAAAGUAGUGAUACAUGCAAGAUUGUGAAAAAUAAACAUUUUUUUAUUUAUUUUGUAAACUUUAUUUUGUGCGAAAUCUUUCGAAAUAGUCUUCAAGAGUAAAUCAUAUGAAGUGUAAUCAAUACAUAAUUUUAUUUUUAUUAUCCGUUGAAUAUGAGAAACUUUUGCCAUUAGUGCAAUAAAUGUAUAAUUAAUGCCAGUAUCCGAAAAGAUCAGCACUUUUCAAUUUUAACAAAGAUUUUUUUUUACAGAUUAUUCAGAUGACAUGAGACACUUAUGCAAACAAUUAUUCUGCUCUUUAAAAACAACUACUUCAACAUAAUUCAAACCAGAAGAUACUCAAAUAAUGAUUUCAGCGGAUCCGAAAUGAUCAGAACUUUUCAUUUUAAAUGAACAAAGAUUUUGUCGCUUGAGACACUUAUACGAUUAUUCAAAUAACAUGAGACAUUUACGUAAAUAGUAGUUCUGAUAUUUAUGAACAAUAUUUUCCAUCACACCAAAGUGUUACAAUGGCACAAUGCUGAUAUGAUUUUUUGUCCCACAUUCUUAUACAUUUAACGCACUGUGCGUUAUCUUGUGUUUGAUACUGAGUAUUGUUAUCUAUUACUCAUUGGAGCACCGCAUUGAUUCGUGAACAGGUUCAUUGGACAUCAAGCUUCGUUUAGGAAAAGCAUAAACAGAUACCUGGUUGUGUAAAAUAUAAGAUUAGCUUGGAUUCUUGCUGUAGUGGCUGAGAGCAGACAAACGAUCACAAAGAGUUAAAUCCAGCAAGACGUUGAACAGAAACUUGCACGCAACAAAAACUUUUAUCCACUAAUCUCACACAAGUCCGUAAAGAAAUAUGACCUUGUGUAGCCCAUAUUGAUAUUCUCAUAGAUUUUAAACUCAAUUCAAAUUUAUCGUGUAUUGUCGGUAGCGCUCAGGAUUAACGGUUUUGCCAAGCUUGAGCAGCGCUGUGUAGAUCACACCCUUCUGAUCCUACCAAACACAGGGAAUAGUUCUCCCCACAUAGUGAUUUGGCCAUGCAGUCGAUAUUCGCCUAUUUCAAACAAUUCUGCAACUUUCUUUCGAACGAUAGUGGUAAAUAUCGUUAUUUCAAGACGAGCAGAUCUGCUACUGAAUUUCCUUGCGAGUAGAUUUUACUUCAUGUUGCAAAACCAAAAAUUCUGAAUUUCAAGGUAUUAUCUGGAUAUUUGCAGAACGCACCACCAGCAAAGCCUAAACUUGUGUGUAUUUGUAGAAAAUUUUAAAUUUAUUGGGAUCGGUGUAUGUGUUUCCUUUCAAUAUUGAAUAACAAUAUAGUAGUUUUUUAACGUUGAAAAGAACAUUUGUUCGAGAAAUACCUCCAGACAAUACUAGCGCUACUUUCCGGUUGUCGACCAAAUGCACCAUAAUUUGGAAAAUAAAAAACAAGAAAAAGUAUCCCACAAGAGUUGACUUUUUUUUUAUUCGAACUCUUAAUAUCACCAAAAACGGCCACCUGUAGACACUAAGCAAUGAACGUUUUUAACGAAGAAGAAACCACCAGCGAAAACCUUCAAUCAGAGCAAAAGAAUAACACAUUUACGCAAAACUUUGAACUCCGUCAGCCCAACAUCACAAAUUUCAUUUUCCUAACACAUUCGAUGUCUCACAGUCUUCAUUUGAAACGAAUUAACCAAAAAAAUACCGCGAAUCAAAAUAUAAUGAACUCACGAGUGCGCUGGAAUGAAAUUAUGAACGUGCGCGAUGAACUGAGCAAAUAAACUACUAAUGGAAAUAAAGACGAUAAUUUGUUCAAUUGAGAAGUUUUGUUUUAACUUGUAGGGAAUACAUAGUUAAUCAAAACUGCACACAGUACGGAAAUUCGGCUGAAAGGUAGAUGAAACAAAAACAUAGCGGAAGGCUUUUUCAAUGUAUAAAAUUAGCAAACGAGCAAAAAAAAAUCAGAUAAAUUGAGCCACACAUACACAAAUCAAA